AUGAAUUCUGAGGUCGAGCUAACUGUAACGGACGAGUUUUCUAUGUGUUGUCAACCUCUUCUGUCAACCUUUCUUCGUCAUAAGUGGAGAAGGUUGCAGUACCAAGAAGCUACAAGAACACAUAAUCGAAUGGAUGCUUCGAAUUUCAGUGCGGAAGACUUCGCCAGAUGGUUGCGUGCUGGUCGCGCUGAGAUUUACGAAAACCAUGCGUGGGAUUGGGAAGCGACUGCGCGAGGAUUUGGAAUUUCAUAUGUGAUCCUCGGGACACUGGCAAUUUGCAUCAAUUCACUGCUUCUCUGUUCCCUAUUGGCAAGAAGGAGAAAAGCAUUUUCCCAUGCUUUUUAUAUCAUGAUCCUCGAUUUCACCAUUAUUGACACUAUCAAAGGCAUUUCUUCGAUUUUAUUUGCGAUUAAAUUACUGAAAACAGACCUGAAUUCGGACCAAUCACUGUUAUCGAUUCGAAUUGAUCAGUAUAGCGGUGUCCUUCUAAGAUUCACUAAUUUGGCGACGAUUCUCAAUUUGUUAUGCAUCACACUAAACGAGUACGUGUUCAUCUGCUACCCAUUGCGGUAUUCAACUCUGAUAACGAGGAAACGAGUGGUGCUUCUAAUUUUGUGCAUUUGGAUUGUCUCGUCAAGCAUGACCUUCGCUAAUAUGGUCGCUGGUCUCCAGAAUCGCAGCCUCUGGAUAGACGACGAAUGCACAUUUAACGCAAACUCCACCGCUUCCUGCAUCCAUCGACUUGAAUCAUCGAGCUCAGCUCAUUUUGUUUAUUAUUUGGGUAUUGUUGUAUUUUGUGUUGUAUGUCUUGCUGUAACUGCAUACGCCUACAGUAUCCUCCUCAGGGUUGUGUCCGGUGUUGUGAAGGCGGAGAUCAAACAAAAUGCAGAACUGGAGCAUCUCAAAGAUCGAUCCGAAGACGGAGAGCGACGUUUGGAUAAUAAGCACGUCUUGAAGCGACACAAAUACGUCGUAGUUAUCGGUACCGUAAUCGGUGUCUACUCUGUUUACCUGACUGCCUACGCCACUUUACAAGUGUUGCAACUUGUCAAUAUUGCUGAAAAUUCAAAUGGAUUUCGACGUCGAGAUCUCGUGAACCUCAAAUACAUAUGCUACCUUCUUAUUUCUCUUCACUCACUACUUCAACCACUCUGUUAUCUUCGAAUGCGGGAAUUCCGACUGCUCAUCAGAAGAACACUUUGCGGAAGGUUGAGGUACGAUCAACAGGUGACCAACGAGCAGUACUACACAUCGAACGCUCAAAAAGAAGUGAUUGGGAAAGAUUACGUAUGA